AUGGAAGACCAUUUGGAAAGUUACCCAGUGAAAGAAGUAUCCAGACCUGAGCUUCCAAGCAAUGGCUAUGACAACCCUGCUUUCCAGCUGAAUGAAGCAGAUGCACAAAACAGUCAUUUUAAAAAGAAGAAAAAGAAGGAAAAUGAGGAAUCAAAAAAGGAAAAGAAGGAAAAGAUCAAGAUGGUUGGAUUUUUUGAGCUGUUUAGUUUUGCAGAUGGAUUUGAUAUCCUUUUGAUGAUAGUGGGGAUCAUCGCAGCUGCUGCAGCUGGAAUAGGACAGCCCCUUAAGGUCGUCAUUUUUGGUCGCGUGACAAACACCUUUGUGGGAAACAAUGUAAAUGCAUCUACAGAUGGCGCACAAAUGAGUAACUCUUCAUGUCCACAAGCAACUACAGAUAUAGAAGCUAAAAUAUCUGGGCUUGCUUACUACUAUGUUGGAAUGGGUUUCAGUGUCCUGCUCUGUAAUUUUAUCGGGAUCUGGGGCUUUGUGACUGCUUCUGCAAGACAAACAGCAAGGAUACGUGAAAAGUUCUUUUUUGCUGUCCUUCACCAAGAGAUGAGCUGGUUUGAUACUACCCAGAUUGGAACAUUGAAUACCAGACUAACUGAUGAUAUUAACACCAUUCAGGAAGGUAUUGGAAGCAAGAUCAGUAUAAUGAUCGAGAUGUUUUCCGUAUAUUUGUCGGGGAUUAUCAUAGCAUUUGUGCAUGGAUGGAAGCUGACCCUGGUGAUAUUGACUGUUAGCCCUCUUCUUGUUGCAACUGGGUGUGUUUGGUCAUAUCUCCUUUCAGUGUUGACGACUAAGGAGCUUUUGGCUUAUGCUAAGGCAGGUGCUGUGGCAGAAGAAAUCUUGUCAGCCAUCAGAACAGUUGUUGCUUUUAAUGGACAGGCGAAAGCUAAAGCAAGGUAUGAUGCAAACUUAGAGGAGGCUAUGAGUGUUGGAAUGAAAAAGAGCAUUGCCAAAAAUAUUACUGUGGGUAUCUCCAGAUUUUUUAUAUGUGGUUGCUAUGCACUUGGCUUUUGGUAUGGAACCAAGCUCACAGUAGAUGAUAAGGAUAACUAUGACAUCGGAAAAGUUUUAAUUGUGCUGAUUUGUGUGUUUCUUGGUUCAUUGUCCAUGGGACAAAUUUCCCCAAAUUUGGAGAGUCUGAGCAAUGCUCGUGGAGCAGCCUAUGAAGUCUUUAAAAUUAUCAAAAAGCCCCGUCCCAUAGAUAGUAGUUCCAGUGACGGGUUCAAGCCAGACAAGCUCCAAGGAGAGAUUGAAUUCAAAAACAUCCAUUUCAGCUACCCCUCUAGACCUGAUAUGCAAAUUCUGAAAGGUCUGAACUUAAAAAUCCAGCCUGGGAAAACUAUUGCUCUUGUGGGUUCCAGUGGCUGUGGGAAAAGCACAACAAUUCAACUACUGCAGAGAUUCUAUGAUCCAGCAGAAGGACAGAUUACUAUAGAUGGACAUGAUAUCCGGACACUUAACAUCAAGUGGAUGAGAGAAAACAUUGGCAUCGUAAGCCAGGAACCGGUUUUGUUUGCGACCACAAUAGCAGGCAACAUUCGUUUUGGCAGAGAGGAUAUUACGGAUGCUGAAAUUGAACAGGCAGCUAAAGAAGCGAAUGCUUAUGACUUCAUAUCAAAACUCCCUGAUAGAUUUAACACCAUGGUUGGGGAAAGAGGAGCCCAGCUGAGUGGAGGGCAGAAACAGCGCAUUGCUAUCGCUCGUGCCCUCGCCAGAAACCCCAAGAUCUUGCUGCUGGAUGAAGCCACCUCUGCUCUGGAUACGCAGAGUGAAUCCAUCGUGCAAGCAGCCCUUGAUAAGGCCAGGACCGGCCGUACCACCAUUGUGAUUGCUCACAGACUCUCCACCAUCAGGACAGCCGAUGUUAUUGCUGGCUUUGAGAAGGGCCUUCUUGUCGAACAGGGGACACACGACAAACUCAUGGCACAGAGGGGAAUUUACUAUGCCCUCGUAACACAACAGUGUUACGGUGGAGAUGAUCAAGAGGGUGAAACAGAAGAAGAACAAGAGACCGAUUUUGAAGAGGAGGAUGAAAACUCUGAGCAAAGUGAUCAAAACCAUCUGGAGGCAAAUGAUUUGGAAAAUCCUAUUGCUGGCACACAAUCAGUUAAAAGGGGGAUGUCCCACAGAUGCAGCAUCAGUAGGGCUUCUACUAAAAAGUUCUCUGAAAGGAAGAAGAGGAAGAAAAGGAAGAACAACCCAAAGAAGGCUAAUGUGGAAGAAAAGCUCCCAGAGGUGCCUUAUUCCAGAAUUCUGGCUCUAAAUAAGCCUGAGUUCUGCUAUAUUGUGAUUGGAGUCAUUGCUGCUGCCAUUGCAAGUGGUGUUACUCCUACAUUUGCAGUUCUGACUGCUAAAAUCGUUGGGGCUUUCGAAGAAGAGGAUCAUGUAAAGAGAAGCCGAAAUACAACGAUGUUUUCUCUACUGUAUCUUCUCCUGGGAGUGAUCAACUUAAUAUCAUUUAUAAUCCAGGGAUUCAUGUUUGCAAAGUCUGGGGAAACGCUGACCAUGCGGCUGCGAUCACUUUCAUUCAAAGCAUUGCUUCAACAGGAAAUUGGAUGGUUUGACGACCACAACAAUGGCACUGGGGUUCUGUUAACCAGACUUGCAACAGAUACUUCUCACGUCAAAGGGGCUACUGGAAGUCGACUGGCCUUAUUAACCAUGACUACAUUCACUGCUGUGGCUGCUGUUGUAAUUGCUUUCGCUCAUAACUGGCAAUUAACGUUGCUUAUCCUGGCCUGUAUUCCUUUCACUGCUGGUAUACAGGCAAUUUUCUUUAAAUCAAUGACUGGCCGUGCAGCAAGGGAUCAAAAAGCCCUUGAGGAAGCAGGAAGAAUUUCAUUAGAAGCUGUAGAAAAUAUAAGAACGGUGGUUUCACUGGCAAGUGAAGAUAGAUUUUUUGAGAACUACAAGACAAACUUAGAAGUUCCAUACAGGAACUCUCUGAAGAAAGCUCCCAUUGCUGGAAUUUUAUAUGGCAUACUCAUGAGUUUAACCUUUUUUCUACAUGCUAUUAUCUUCAGAUUUGGAGCAUGGCUUAUUGCUCAUUGUUUCAUGAACUUCCAACAACUUUAUAUGGUCUUUGCUGCAGUAUUUUUUGCUACUAUGGAGAUUGGUCAGUCUAACGCUAGUGCACCUGAUUUUGGCAAAUCAAAAGUUUCAGCCCAAAGGAUUUUUCAGCUUUUGGAUCGGAAGCCACUAAUUGACAGCUAUAGUGAAGAAGGUGAAAAACUGGAGAAAUUUGAAGGCAACAUUGAAUUCAGGGACAUCCAUUUUGUAUAUCCAACCAGAGCAGAAGUUCAAGUUUUGCAAGGCCUCAAUAUCAAGGUUAGCAAAGGGCAGACUCUGGCGCUGGUGGGGAGCAGCGGCUGUGGCAAAAGCACCUCCAUUCAGCUUCUGGAGAGAUUCUAUGACCCGGGAUCUGGACAAGUGUUUGCAGAUGGAGUGGACACCAAAUCCCUGCAUAUCCAGUGGCUAAGAUCCAGGCUGGGCCUUGUGCAACAGGAACCUAUUCUGUUUGACUGCAGCAUUGCAGAAAAUAUCCAGUACGGAGACAACAGCAGGGUUGUCAGCCAGGAAGAAGUUGAGGAAGCCGCUAAAGCAGCCAAUAUUCACAACUUUAUAGACAAUCUCCCAGAGAAAUACAAUACUCGAGUAGGUAGUAAAGGAACACAGCUUUCAGGAGGACAGAAACAAAGAAUUGCCAUUGCCCGUGCCCUAGUCCGAAAACCAGCAGUUCUGCUUCUGGAUGAAGCCACAUCGGCUCUUGACACAGAAAGUGAAAAGAUUGUCCAGCAAGCUUUGGAUGAUGCCAGAAAAGGUAGAACCUGCAUCGUUAUUGCUCACAGGUUGUCAACUAUCAGGAAUUCAGACAUCAUAGCAGUGAUCGGCAAUGGCAAAGUCAUGGAACAGGGAACUCACAGCCAGCUGCUGGGACUGAAGGGAUUCUAUUAUGAACUUGUCAAUGCACAAGUAGCCCAUUAG